AUGGGUUACCCGCUACCUACUCAGCCAAGCCACCCUUUAGCGAUGGGCGGGACGUCACCCACGGCGGCUGGGACGUCCCAAACCCUACCCAUGCAAGCCGUCAAUAGCCCUAGCAGCUCAACGUGUCUUCGAAGCGACGUCACACCUCAAUCUGGUGACACGCCUGGACAGCAAGGGGCUAAUAAUGGCAAUCCGCCAAGUUUGGAUUCGAUCUCGGAAGCUGGUAGGUGCACAGUAGUGCUCGCUUCCGUUCUCUAA